AUGGUGCCAGUCUCUAACAGAGCGGGAGUGGAAACCACGGUUCGGAUAGCAUUACAGCUAGAUGAUGGCUCCCGUUUGCAGGACACUUUCCUCUGCCAACAGACCUUGUGGGAACUUCUCAACCAUUUUGCAAAGAUCAGGGAGCUGAUGGAACAGCACAGUGAAUUCUCUCCAGUCUGUAUUUACAUGCGAGAUGAGAUCUCGGGGAAAGAUGCCCUGGAGAAGACAACACUGAAGUCACUUGGCCUGACUGGAGGCAGUGCCAUUGUCAGAGUUGUCAUGAAGAAAUGCAGUUCAUCUGGUCAGGAGGAAGCUGUGAGUGCCACAGUGCCUUGUAAUGAGCCAACAGUGAGGCCAGACCCUAUGGAAGGAGCAGUGGAUGUGUGCCUACCUCAAGCAAACACAUUCCCAGAGGACUUGGACCACAGGGAUGUGGCCAUGUCUUUAAACAGCUGCACAGACAAGCAAGACUCGAUUAGAGAACCUCAUGCUAGCUCAGAGGAGCCUCGGCCUUCCUCAGAGCCUGAGCCUGCCCCAUUUGUCCCUUUCGCUGGAGGUGGACAGCGCCUGGGGGACUCUUCUGUAGCUGCACCAUCUUUGGGGUUAGAUACACCACCUUCAAAACUGCCAACAACUUCUUCCAGCCCUGGAGGCCCUUCUAAGCCAAAGAAGUCUAAGAACAGCCAAGAACUGCAGAAGGAGCAAGAACAGCUUGUAGAACGAGAGCCACUCGUGUGUCACCUAGACCUACUGGAACCACUUCCUGAUGGUCCAGAAGAGCUUCCUGAUGAGUUUUUUGAAGUCACAGUGGAUGAUGUACGGAAACGUUUGGCACAGCUGCAGAGUGAGAGGAAACGCUUGGAAGAAGCUCCACUGAUGACAAAGUCUUUGAGGGAGUCUCAGCUGAAGGAGAAAUUGGAGCGUUACCCAAAGGUGGUGUUGAGAGUUCAUUUUCCAGACCGCCACGUGCUGCAGGGCUUCUUCCAUCCCAGUGAAACUGUUGGCAUUUUGAGAGACUUUGUGAGAAGCCACCUCGCCGAUGCGGAUUUGCCAUUUUACUUGUUUGUUGCACCUCCCAGAAUCAUCUUGAACGAUGAAAACCUGACACUGUUUGAGGCUAAGCUCUUUCCAACUGCUGUCAUUCAUUUUGGAUCUGAUGAGUGCAGGGCUUGUUACCUGAAACCUGACCUGCUGAGCUCUGCAGUUUCCCCUUCUGCAGCUGAUUUAUUAGUAGCCAGGUAUGUUGGGACUGGAGUUGCAAAUGCCUGAGUAUUUCAGGGAUGGGAGGCAUGA